UGUCACUCUGUUCCCUCUACCGUCCCAACCACCCAGAGCUCAAUCCGAUCGCAUCCCUCUAUCCCUCGUGCAUUUUCUGCAUUUAUUGAUAGCCGCGCACGUUCCAUUCGAUUUCCCUUCUUUGAUUCCUCUUUCCGAUCCGUCGCAUUUUCCGCUGGCGGUGAACAAUGGCCGACGAUGGCUCCUACAUGUCGGCGUCCCAGUCGCAACUCCUCUCCUCGUCCACAUCCUCAUUGUCUCCCUCCAAACUUUGCUCAAAAACAUAUAAGAAGGCGUCAAAUCUCUAUCUAACACUACGGUUACAAGAAGCACUUUCAGCCCUUGAGCCUGCGAUCACAGUGGUCAGGGGAUCCGACGAGCAGCUCGUCAAUGGCGAUGAUUCUGUCGCGCCCGUUGCUUCAGCCCAGCCGACCUGGCGGAUCAAAGUGUGGAAUCUCUACAUUACACUCUUGAGCCAAAUCAUCGAAUUGGGCCCUGAGGAGGGAAAGAAAUUGUUUGGACAAAAAGAAUGGAAGGCCAUCUCGACCACUGUUCGCGAUGGUGAGAUCUGGGAGACCGUUGUACGGACGGGGUAUAGAGGUUUGGAGGGAUCAGUGGAUGCAGAAGUCGUCCAUAACCUGGCAACUCUCUUGUUGAAACAUUCGCCUUCACAAAAGCUCAACCAACAACGACUUGAGACGUACCUUUCGUCAUACGGACAACCUAAUCUGGAUAUUUCAGACCAUCUGACUAGUGGCUCAUCUACACCACGUGCAAACGGUGGUACCGAUACCCCGAAAGAUCUAGCUGCUAGGGUCAAGAUAAUCGAGCUGUUCACCCUACAUGUUCUUCCCGCAAACGAAGAAUGGGAGUAUGCGCAGGAAUUCAUCAACCUGAGCGAAGUCCUCGAUGAGGACCGGAAGGAGUUAUUUCUGCAGACGCUAGAAGGCCUGAAGGAAGAGAAACAGCAAGGGGAGCUGCGCGCCGCUGCCCUCCAGCGGGAGAAGGAUGCCGAGCUAGAAAGACAAGCUCGAGAGGCAGAACGUCGCAGGGCAGAGGAAGCUGAGGCUGCUGAGCGUGCACAGAAAGGACAUGGACGCAGCAGCAGUGAGGUGGAUUACGGGAUUGAGAAGACCUAUCCCAAUGGCAGCAUGAAGGGCAAAGGGAAGUUUGCAGAGAAGCAAUCCAGUAAACCAGGUACCUCCGCAGGUCGGACGGCCUUUUCGCCCCCUGGCUCCAAGAACAUCAAGAAGACUGAGAAGCCCGAAGCGCGGGCUAAGCAAUCACGAGCACUGGUCAACGUGGUGCGCAAUAUCCUGCGAUACGUCAGCAAGAGCAUUGCAGGCAACCCACUAUCAUUCGCGCGGACGCUUCUGUUUAUGCUCGGCAUUAUAGCCGCAUUAAGCCGACAAGACGUGCGGGAGCGCAUCCGGAGGAUAACAGGCUCCGGUUGGCAGAAAAUCAAGGGGACGGUUGGGAUGGGAGUGAAAGUGAGCUACAUUUGAUGAGCAAUAAAUUCUGCACUCUUUUCCCUUGUCUAUAUGAUUCUUCAGAUAUCAACUGGGGCUUUCCAUUUCCCCUGUUUAUCAACUGCGUG